AUGGAACCAGGCAAUGACACAGGAUUACCAAAUUUUCUUCUACUGGGAUUUUCAAACAGAGAAGAACUGCAGAUUGUCCUAUUUGGUCUAUUCCUUUCCAUGUACCUGAUCACUGUCCUUGGAAACCUGCUCAUCAUUCUGGCUGUCAGUUCAGAUUCCCACCUCAACACGCCCAUGUACUUCUUCCUGUCCAACCUGUCCUUUGUAGACAUCUGUUUCACCUCGACCACUAUCCCAAAGAUGCUGCUGAACAUCCAGACAAGAAUAAAAGGUAUCACUUAUGCAGGCUGCAUUACCCAGAUAUACUUUUACCUACUCUUUGCAGGACUGGACAAUUUUCUCUUGGCUGUGAUGGCCUAUGACCGCUAUGUGGCCAUCUGCCACCCCUUGCACUACAUGGUUAUUAUGAACCCUCAACUCUGUGGGCUGCUGGUUCUGAUGUGUUGGAUCACAGGUGUUCUGUGUUCCUUGUUACAGUGCUUAAUGGUGCUGAGGCUUUCCUUCUGCAAAGGCAGGAAAAUAUCUCACUUUUUCUGUGAACUCAACCAUGUGUUUCAACUUUCUUGCACCAACACCUUUAUUAAUAACUUAGUGUUGUAUAUUGGAGCUGUGCUGCUGGCUGGUGGUCCUGUCACCGGGAUUGUUUACUCUUACACCAAGAUUGUUUCCUCCAUCCAUAGAAUCUCAUCAGCUCAGGGGAAGUUGAAAGCAUUUUCCACCUGUGCAUCUCACCUCUCGGUGGUCUUCUUAUUUUAUUGCACAGCCCUAGGUGUGUACCUCAGCUCUGCAGGUACCCAGGACUCACACUCAAGUGCAACAGCCUCGGUGAUGUACACAGUGGUCACACCCAUGUUGAACCCCUUCAUCUACAGUCUCAGGAACAAAGACAUCAAGGAGGCUCUGAAAAGGAUGUUCAUGAAGGAUACUACAAACAGACCAUUCUCCUAG